GACUCCGCUCCGCCCCGCCCACUUGCGAACUCCGCCCCGCCCACGUGGGGGCUCCGCCCCUCCCACUUGUGGACUCCGCCCCUUCCACGUGGGGACUCAGCCGCGGCGAGGAGGCCCCCGCUUUCCUCUAUCCACCGCUGGAUGAGGACCACUUUUCCCGAGGCAGUGCAAGUCCCAGCGAGCGAGUGAGCGAGCGAGCGGGAGGGCCACGGACCGCAUGGCCGCCACGGUGCCCAUGGCGACCCCGGUCCCCAUGGCGACCCCGGUCCCCAUGGCGACCCCGGUCCCCAUGGCGACUCCGGUCCCCAUGGCGACCCCGGUCCCCGUCUUGAGGUUGCCUCUCGGCCCCAACAGCGGCAAAGGCUUCGACCCGAACUCGGCGCGCUUCCGCGCCCUGCACCGCAUCGCUUCUUCUCACGAGACGGGCACCUCCUCCUCCUGCUCCUCCUCCUCGGCUCACUCCUCGUUAGUGCGCCGGGAGCAGGCGGCCCGUGCGCAGCUGCGCGAGAGGUUCCUGCUGGGGCUGGCCGCCGCGUGCGGGAGGCCUGCGCGGUUCCGCCUCUUCUCGCGCCCGGCGCGGCUCCCCGCGGUGCUGCGCGCCUGCGACCUCGAGCUGCUGAGCCUCCUCGUGUCGGCGCUCGGCACCCCGCUGGGCGUGCAGGAGAGCGCCCUGCUGCGCUCCGGCGACGUCCUCCACUUCUGCUGCGCCGUGCCCGCAGCGCUGCCCCGCGAACCGGAGCGGGCGGAGGGAGCGGGGGACGCUGCCUGCCUCGUGAACCCUCGCCGAGAGACGCCAGGGACGUGCUGGACUGUCGGGAGGCGUGACGAGCAGGGGGAGAUGUGAUUCACAGUGAGAGAUGUGAUGCACAGUGACAGAUGUGACGAACAGGGAGAGAUGUAAUUCACAGUGAGAGAUGUGACGAACAGUGAGAGAUGUAAUUCACAGUGAGAGAUGUGACGAACAGUGAGAGA